UAUGCGGUUUUCAAUCGCUACGGUGUUUGGCGUCCAUGACGAAGGAAUGGAGUCGAUUCGCGAAGAUCUCGAUUACUUUGAUCGGGAAAAAAGCUCUGCAUCUCCUCGCCGCCGUGCUAUGAACGGCUAUGAUGACGAUAUGGACGAAGUAGAAGAGAUGAAGCAAAAUGUGCGGAGUGUUAUGCAGGGAGCGAGACGUAAAAUGGCAAAUCUUCGUCUCGAUGUUGAAGAGAGAGAUAAACUUCUUGAGUCUGAAAAGAAACUACGAGAGCAAAUGGAAAGGGAACUAGCGAACAAGACAGCAGAAUUGUAUAAAGAGAGAGCUAAAGCCCUAAGUAGAUCACCUGAAGAAACACGAUACUCAUCUUUUGACACCUCACUGGACUACAAUGGCAAUGUGCUGCAUCGUGGAGACUUGGAGGCCUCAUUAAAUCACCAGCUCACUGAGAAAUUGGCUGAGGCUGAAUCUGAAAUUCUGGCAUCCAGAAUGAGCAGAGAUAACCUCAUCUCUCAAGUGGAGCAAAAAAUAGCAGCUCGUGGAGCAGCACUUGUAGAAAAGAUCUACCAAGCCCAGAAAGAAAGAGAUGCUGCAAUGGCAGCUAGGCUUCGCUUAGCCGGAGAUGAGAAGGAUGACUUGAUGAGCAGAAUACGUCGAAUUGAGAAAGACCAAGCAGGAUUUGAUUCUGGUGUUGACUCUGUUUAUGAUGAGGAUGACGACAAGUCAAUGAGGGAACUUUUUGGGAGACUGGCUACCUUGGAGAGUCCACGCUCAAUCGAUAAACAAGGAUCCAGAAUGGCAGAAAGAUUGAGGGCGAGCCAGAAGCAAACGAGACGAGAAACCGCAGACGAACUAAAAGUAGUGCUUGAGGAGCGUGAUGCUGCAGUUGCAAAGACAAAGAUUUUGGAAAGUGAAAUCUCCAAACUACAAAAAGAGCUUGAGAUGGUAAAGAACCAAUAUAAACUCUCCGAAAAACACAGACAGAAGACAAACCAGGCUCAGCUGCUGUCCGCCCAACAUGAGAGAGAUGCGUUACUAAGAAAGACCAAACGGCUUGAAGAAGAACUUGAAACUAUCCGUGUUUACUACAGUCUACACCGGUCACUUUCACAAGAGAAUUCUCUGAGAGACCAAUUCAAUACCACUAUGGACAGCUUUGAGAGUCGGUUACGAGCACGCGAGGGCGAACUUGUGGUCGCUCAGCGCUCGUAUGAUGAUCUUGCCGCUAAGCUGCGAUCAGUCUCCACGGAAAGAAACACCCUUGCAAAUCAAGUGCAAGACCUUUCCAAGAAUUACCACCUGGAGAAAGAGCGUGCUGACAAACUGGAAAGACUGGUUUCUGUGCUCCGAAAACGGAACAAUACUGGCACUAUAAGUGUGGAGACAGUUAAUUGAAGUAGUAUAAUAUAUUUUUGGCGCAAUUCAGUCCGCUUGUUUUGGAACCAAGUAGUGUAGAAAUGUAGUAAAAAAUUUAGUAUGGUUAGUAUGGCUGCGAGGGCUGGAAUAUCGUACGUCGGACAUCAACAAACAGUUUUUGCCAAACUUUUGCGUCAGCUGUUGAUUGGUGUCGCGCUUAAAACAGCUCCAACGACCAACAUGGCUAGCAAAGCCUUGCUUGUGCAACACCAUACAACAAUGCAACAUCGUACAACAAUGCAACAUCAUGCAACGGUGCAACAUCGUACAACAGUGCAACAUCGUACAACAAUGCAACAUCAUGCAACGAUGCAACAUCGUACAACAAUGCAACAUCAUGCAACGAUGCAACAUCGUACAACAAUGCAACAUCAUGCAACGAUGCAACAUCGUACAACAAUGCAACAUCAUGCAACGAUGCAACAUCGUACAACAAUGCAACAUCAUGCAACGAUGCAACAUUGUACAACAAUGCAACAUCAUGCAACGAUGCAACAUCGUACAACAUUGCAACGUCAUGCAACGAUGCAACAUCGUACAACAAUGCAACAUCAUGCAACGAUGCAACAUUGUACAACAAUGCAACAUCAUGCAACGAUGCAACAUCGUACAACAAUGCAACAUCAUGCAACGAUGCAACAUCAUGCAACGAUGCAACAUCGUACAACAAUGCAACAUCAUGCAACGAUGCAACAUUGUACAACAAUGCAACAUCAUGCAACGAUGCAACAUCGUACAACAAUGCAACACCAUACAACAGUGCAACAUCGUACAACAAUGCAACAUCAUGCAACGAUGCAACAUCGUACAACAAUGCAACAUCAUGCAACGAUGCAACAUCGUACAACAAUGCAACAUCAUGCAACGAUGCAACAUUGUACAACAAUGCAACAUCAUGCAACGAUGCAACAUCGUACAACAAUGCAACAUCAUGCAACAAUGCAACAUCAUGCAACAGUGCAACAUCAUGCAAUAUCAUGCAACAGUGCAACAUCAUGCAACAGUGCAACAUCAUGCAAUAUCAUGCAACAGUGCAACAUCAUGCAAUAGUCAACAUCGUACAACAAUGCAACAUCAUGCAACAGUGCAACAUCAUGCAAUAUCAUGCAACAGUGCAAUAUCAUGCAACAUCAUGCAACAGUGCAGCAUCAUGCAACAUGCAACAGUGCAACAUCAUGCAAUAGUCAACAUCGUACAACAGUGCAACAUCAUGGAAUAGUGCAACAUCAUGCAACAGUGCUACAUCAUACAACAGUGCAACAUCGUACAACAAUAAUAACUACUUACUAACCGAGAGUGAGGUCAUGCCGGAAAAUAUCAAACUGCGGCUUUGGCGUAUCUACCGAGGCUUUGCGAGGUAUUAAAAAGGAAUUAAGGAAUUAAAAACACUUGAUGUAUCAUAGCUUAAUCCCCCCAAAUGACCGACGGGCACAUAACCCAAAUAUUUUAGUAAUGUUUCUGUAUCGUGCCCCCAAUAAAUAUUUCGAGCCUAGUACAGCUCUGUGUGUGUUUUUGAAUGAUUAAAACGUGUUCCUGGCUGUAUUGCUACACAAUUACUUAUAACGUAAUUACUUAUUACAAUUACAAUUACUUAUUACGUAAAAAUCGCCUGUCAAAUCGAUCCAAUUACUAUGUAAGAGCCUUAUUCAUAAAUAAAUCAAAAUUAUGAUGAUAA